GCUCGAAUGAUGCACUGAUGAUUGGAAGACACAUCGCACAUGAUUUACCUUCAGACGGGGAAGGGACGGAUUUAUCGAUCGUUAUACACGUCCGAAAGACUUGAGCGUACAAAGACGAAAGUCUCAGAAAUCGAACUACAGUAGGAUGGAUUGCACAGGUUACGACAACCUGUUACUAUGAUACCGUGCUUCACUUUCUCGUGUAGAUUGUGCCUGUUUAGGGUUUAAGCAUUAGGGUUGAGGGUUUUCAAGCAGUUUGUUGCAUACAAAGAGUAAAGUCCCUGCGGAGACUGCUUUCUUUGGCAGAACAGGGAAGGGGUUUUUGAACUCAGACUAAAGCUCUGUGGCUGAGCCAUGGGGAAAAUUGCAGGGCAGGGCAAGGCGAGGAGCAAGCCUGUAGAAGAAUUAGGAAAAAUUGAAGCCAUUCAGUCGGAUGUUGCUUCGUUCGCCGCGAGCUUAGGAUUAGCUGCAGGAGCAGGAGUAUCUUCUGGAUUUAAUGAUUCGGAUUUCCGUAAAGUAGGAUCGAUCAGGAAGCCUGAGCAACCAAAGCAGGCAGUUGUAGAGAAGAAGAAGAAAGCGACGGAAACUGGUAAGAGCGCUGCUAGAAAAGACGACAAAGGAAUCCGUUCUGGAAAAACUCGUCGUGUGGACGCGGACAGGAAGCAAGGGAGCAAGGAGAAUGCUGGAGGCAACAACAGAGGGAAAAGAUUGGCGAAUGGCCUUGAAGGCAAAGAUGCGAAUGGUCCCGGUGACAAAAGUCCCGGUGGGUGGAAGGCGAAGGAAAAUCACGCGAAUCCUAAGAAGCGUAAAGGUAGCUGGGAAGUUGGAGCUGAUGGUGAAAGCGAAGUAAAGCGGCCUCUGGUUGAGACACCGUAUGGUGAGCCCGAAUUUGUGAAGAAGUUGCGAUCAGAGGCUCAGGACUUACUGGAGAAGGCCGCUAAUGAUUUUGAAAAAAACCGAUCCAGAGAUAAAGAUGCGGAGUGGCUCUUGAAAGCCCGGCGAUCUGGAACUUCCGCCGAUAAAGUGGCUGCCAUGACAGUUAUCUUGCAAGAAAAUCCGAAAGCCAACGUGCGUACAUUGGACGCCCUAUUAGGGAUGAUGACCUCCAAAGCAGGAAAACGUCACGCAGCAACUGGAAUCGACGCACUGAAGGAAUUAUUUUUGUACAAUCUUCUUCCUGACCGCAAACUGAAGUACUUUGCUCAACAGCCUCUUGCAACCCUUCCUGAGGGCAAAGAGCGUUCUUCAUUGCUGCUGGAUUGGAUUUGGGAAGACUGCUUAAAGCACAGGUUUGAGCGAUUUGUGAUUUCUCUUGACGAGGCUUCGAAAGACAAAUUACCUUUCUUGAAGGAGAAAGCCCUCAAGUCAGUUUACGAACUUCUGAAGACAAAGCCAGAACAAGAAAGGCGGCUUUUGUCCACUCUAGUGAACAAGCUAGGAGAUCCGGAGCGUAAAGUGGCAUCGAAUGCUUGCUACCUUCUAUCCAGUCUACUGACAGCUCAUCCGAACAUGAAGAAAAUUGUUGUUGAUGAAGUCGACGGGUUUGUGUUCCGACCCCACGUCGGUCUCAGAGCGAGGUAUUACGCGACAGUCUUUUUGAACCAAAUAGUUCUCAGUGUCAAAGGUGAUGGUCCUAAGCUGGCAAAGCAGCUCAUUGAUCUCUAUUUUGCCCUUUUCAAGGCUGUGACAACUGGUGAGCAAGAUCUCAAUAAGGAGGAGAACGGAAAGAAGGGAACGAAGGGGGAGAAGGAGAGAGUUCGGAGAGGCAAGCGAAAGGAAAGAAAUAACGACAAGUCACUAGCUGCUGACUUUACAACGGAGAUUGAUUCAAGGCUGCUGUCUGCCCUUCUGACUGGUGUCAAUCGAGCAUUUCCAUAUAUUUCUGCAGAAGAUCUGGAUACAGUCACACAAGAAAAUUCUGUUCUUUUCAGAUUGGUACAUUCGACCAACUUCAAUGUAGCAGUGCAAGCAUUGAUGCUUCUCCAUCAGCUGAUGGUCAAGAACCAGGCCGUCAAUGACCGUUUCUAUCGAGCUUUGUAUUCCGUCCUUCUGUCUGAAAGCCUUGCGAAGUCAUCGAAGGCCGAAAUGUUUCUCGGGCUUAUCUUUAAGGCUCUAAAAUCUGAUGUCGAUGUUAGGCGCAUGUCAGCUAUAGCGAAGCGCCUGACUCAGGUGGCAAUUCAGCAGACACCGGAAUUUGCCUGUGCUUCACUCUUCCUCAUCUCAGAGAUUCUCAAACUGAAACCCACUCUUUGGAAUUCGGUGUUAAAUGCCGAAGAUCAUGACGACGACCGUGAGCACUUUGAGGAUCAGGGAGAAGAAAGUGAUGACAAUGAAAGAGGCAAUACUGAGAAAGCCAAUGGCCAUAAAGAAGACAGUCAAGACUCAGGAGAUACGUGGCCAGAAAAAGGAUACUAUGAUCCUAAAGCUCGUGAUCCACUUUACUGCCAAGCACAUAGAGCAUGCUGGUGGGAGCUCACCGUUCUUGCAAAGCACGUACAUCCGUCAGUGGCAGCAAUGGCUCGUACUCUUCUUUCAGGUGGCAACAUCAUUUAUAGUGGAGACCCCUUGCGGGAUCUUGCCUUGGGAGUUUUCCUUGACCGGUUUGUUGAGAAGAAACCUAAAGCCACCAAAAGGAAGACAGAAGGAACAUGGCACGGCUCGUCUAUGGCUUUGCCCGCGAAACUGGACGGAGCGAAAUCUGCGGGACCAGUAGGUGAGGACAUUCUGAAGUUGGCCGAAGAAGAUGUAGCGCCUGAGGAUGUCGUCUUCCACAAGUUUUAUUCGACGAAGUCAAUAAGAAGCAAACCUCAGAAGAAGAAGAAGAGCAAGGUAAAUUCUGAGGAAGACGUCCUAGGAUUGGACGAGGUUGCAGCUUUUGACGGAGACGACAGUGAAAACGAAGAAAUCGACGAGUUACUUGAGCAGGAAGCAGGUGAGGAGAUGAUGGCAGAUGAUAGUGAAGGUGAAGAAAUGGAGAGUGACGACGAAGAGAUGUUGUACUACAAGAAAGAUGAGGAUGAUGACCACGAUUUAGAAUCAGAUGUAGAAGAAGGAGAUAGUGAAGGGGAAGAAGCAAAUGCUCUCCUAGAAGACGGACUAGAGAUGAGUAGUAGUGAUGGGGAGGAAAUUGAAAGCGAAGAAGACGAGAUGGGCAGUGAAGAAGAAGAUUUCCUGCCUAAGAAGGGUAAGAAACAGAGUGCUGGUAGGCAAUCAUCUAAAAAACGUGCCUCAGUUUUUCAAGAAGCAGAGGAUUCGGACGGUGAAGUGGUUGGUGUCGAAGAUGAGGAUAUGCUGCCUAGGAAGCAAAGACUUCAAACUCCUGCUCGGGGGCCGGCUAAGAAACGUGCAUCCCCUUUUCAGGAACAGGAGGAUUCUGACUUUGAUGUAGCUAGUGAAGCAGAUUCCGCACUCAGAAAAAGAAACAAGAAAAUAGUCAAGAGACGUCUUUCUGUUUUUCAGGAGGCUGGAUCCGACAGUGAUGAUGCCGGACUAAUAAAACUUUCGGGUAGAAAUCAACGUAGUAUCAACAGAAUAGGGAAGAAUUCAGGAGCCCAAGCAGUAAGUGCUUCACGUAGCAAGAAAAUUCGCAGCAAUCGCAAAAUGUGAUCCUCAAAAGCUUAUGAAUCCUGUAUCUGUUUUUUUGGCUAUUAGAAUGGUUCUGACUUUCU